GGCAAUGAGUCGGGCGAGUAGAAAUGUGGUGGAUAUUAGGCAGACGGAAUAGAAAGAACGGGGUCUUGCAUUCGGUGAAGUUGCUCCUGCCGCCAGGCCAGUGUGGAAAAAGGCUCCCAGUCUCAAGAUGUGGGAGGAGCCGGGGAAUUCCGUUACUUUGUUGUGCCUUACGGCCAGUAGCGGAGUGCCCUUAUACUGUAGGAGCCGGGGAGGGUCUACCAAGCAGCAGUUACCCUUUUCGGUAAUUGGCUCCCUGAAUGGGGUUCAUAUGUUUGGCUCCAAUUUAGAUGUCCAGCUGAUAGCAGCCCGUACAGAGAAUACUCAUGUGGUAUGGAAAGUGUUUCACAAUAGCAUCACCCUCAUUGUCCUGUCCUCAGAAGAAGACGCCAGUGACUUCAGUCUUGGAAGGCUUCUUGAGAAUGUUUUUAGUGCCAUGGUGCUAGUAUUGGGCCUGGAGGAACUAACAAAUGUUCGCAACAUUGAACGCCUCAAAAAGGAUCUAAAGUCAUGUUAUAAACUGAUUGACAGUUUCCUGGAGCCAGGCAAAAGCUGUGCUGACCUGACGCAGUGUGUGGAAUGCACUGUGAUGCCCUCCAGAGCAAUUCUGCAGGAAUGUUUAGAAGCCUUUGCCUCUGCUGCAGAAUCCCGGUUUGGUUGCCUGCUUGUGGGGGGUCGUGUCCUGUGUGCAACUGAACAGUGGUGGCAGCUUGCAGCCCCAGAGGCCAUGCUGCUGGUGUGGCUGAUACGCUCCCUUCCUCCACAUACUUCCCGCGAUCUGCCUGUUUACCUUCCCCAAGGCAGUCCCACGGUUCCCCACCGUUUCCUGACUUUUCAGCUGGUGCCUGAUUUGGAAGUAGUGCUGCUCUGUGGACCUAAUCCCUCCUUACAGUGCCUGGCUGAUGAGCUAGUGAAGCAGUUUUGGCAACCACUGCUGGAUCUGCUGAAGGCAACUGCCAGAGGCCCUGCUAGAUGCCUACCUCCUGGUAUUGUGCUUUCCCCUGGUAUCCUGGGGAUACUGCUAAUUAAUCAAGACCAAAAGAAAAGUCUCUUUACAGUGCAUCCUCAUGGGGCUUCAACUGAAGGAUCUGAAAUGUCCAUGAAGAAUCGGCUCUGUGCCCUCCGUUCUUUCUAUGCUUUAGCGAUUUCCUUAUACUUUCCUUGUGAGAAGCAAGAAGAAAACACAGUCCCUCUGCAGGAGGAUUUCCAUGCUGGUUUUUCCCACUGUCCUCAGCACUGUUACACGGUCUACACUACGCACAAAGCCUACGCUAUCCACGGGAGGCAGCGCCAGCUCUUCCUGGUCUUGAAGUCUGAUGUGCCUACCUUUGCUUUACGAUCCUUGGCAGUCAGCACACUACAGGCUCUCACAGCUGAGGAUCCAGCCUUUUGAGUUGAUCUUGCUGAACUGUGAUGAAAUUCGGGGUGGUGAGCUGAAGCCCCUCAGUGUGGCUAGAAUGACAUUUUUUCAACCAAAUUUUGUGGUGAAGUUUUCUCUGUGCAAAUGACGAUUAGGCUGCAGAGGAGCCCGACUUUGUGGGAGCACUUUCAGAAACAAGAGAAACUUAGUAAUUCAGUGCAAUUCCAUUCUUCUUCCAUCCUCUUACAUAAGUAGGAGACAGUAGGGCUAGCAACGGCUGCAAGUGAUGACUAGUUUUGUCUUUGGUUUCUACUCUCCAUUUGUUUAACAACAACGCUGGUA